AUGUCGUUCCUAACUGGUGUCCCCUUUCAGCUGUUCCCGGUCCUCUUCCUUCUCCUUGCCAUAUACCUGGUCAGUGGCCGCGCGCGCGAAUACUGGCGCUUGAGACACUUCAAAGGUCCUCGCACGGCAGGUAUCUCUUGGAUACGGCAUUCAAAAGCUGUGGCGAGCGGGAAAUCUUAUGAGUACUAUGGAGACGUGUGUGAAAAAUAUGGUCCCAUUGCUAGAAUCGCACCCAACCAUUUAGUAACGUCUGAUCCGGACGUCUGGGCCAAGAUCAACGCAGUGCGGUCGCCGUACUCGCGUGCUCCGUGGUUCUACCAUACUGCCCGAUUUGAAUCAGGCAAGGACAACGUCUUCACUGACUGUGAUAACGAUAGACAUGAUGUGAGGCGCAAGAAGAUGGCGGCUGGAUAUUCUGGCAAAGAAAAUCCAACACUGGAACCCUCAAUCGACGAGCAUGUCGAAGAGCUCAUAGCUCUGGUUCGAAAGUACGCUUCCACAAAAAACACCACAGUACCAUCAACUCCCAUGGACUUAGCGAAGAAGAUUCCGUUCUUCACGCUCGACGUUAUAAGUCACAUUGGCCUAGGCGAACCAUUUGGUGACCUCAGAGCAGAUGAAGAUAUUAAGGACUAUCUCAAAUCAUCUGAGGAAGGCCUCAGGAUUGGCAAUACAGCUCUCGCACUAGGUAUAGCCUGGUUGAAAGACAUGCCAAUCAUUGGGCCAGCUAUCAGUCCCUCUGAAAAGGACACUUUUGGCUUUGGUAGGAUGAUGACAGAGGCGAGGAAGAUUGUAAAUCAGAGAAGGCUCAAGUCAACGUCUGAGAAGUCGGACAUGCUGGCGUCGUUUGCGAGGAAUGGAGUUGCAGGAGAUGAUCUAUGUAAAUUUCCAUCUCCACCGCGCACAAAGACUUCAUCUAAUCUCCAUAAUCUAGUCCAAGAAGCAUUCGAACAAAUCAUUGCAGGUUCCGACACCACAGCGGCGGCCAUCCGGAUCAUCCUCCUCUACCUCAUGACCCACCCACGAGUCUACACCAAACUGCAAUCCGAAAUCGACCACACAGUUGAGUCCGACAUCGCAGGCCCAAACACCGUCUCCGACAAAGCCGCUCGCCAACUCCCCUACCUCGGUGCCGUCGUCCGAGAAGCCCUACGCGUUCACCCUCCCGUCGUGAACCUCUUCUCCCGCGUGACCCCGCCCGAAGGCGAUAUCUUCACGAUCAAUGGCACCGAAACCCACAUACCAGGCGGCACUCUGAUCGGCUAUUCAGCCUGGGCCAUGCACCGCAACAAUCGCGCUCUCUACGGCGAAGACGCACACGUUUUUCGCCCGGAGCGCUGGUUCCUCGACAGCUCGACAGCGGAGAAUCGGGACCGGCUCGCUCGCAUGACCAAGACGAAUGACAUGAUUUUUGGGCAUGGGAGGUGGGUAUGUCUGGGCCGCAAUAUAGCGCUGAUUGAGAUCCAUAAAUGUAUUUUUGAGCUGUUGAGGCACUUUGAUCUUGCGCUUACGGACCCCGCGGCGCCGUGGAAGACGUUCAAUAGUUUGGGUUUGUGGGAGAUUAGGGAUAUGUGGGUGGAUGUUACUGCGAGAGAUUGA